AUGGCGAGGGCCUCGAUGCUCGUUUCCGCCUGGAGCUCGUUCCGCCACCACCCGUCGACAGCAUCACAAUCCCUCCUCGCCUUGAGAGCAGGAUGGCGCCGGUGGCAGAGCCGUUCGGUUGCGGCGCCGGCCGAAGUGGCUAGGGCACCCCAUCAGCUCGUGCCCCCUCCCGCGCGGCCUGCCGAGUCUCUUCGGCAAGCAGAGGCGGACGACAUCUUUCGCCGUGCCGUCGCCGCCAAGGCUUCGCGGACGAGCUGGACGCGCGAGGAGAUUGCCGCCAUCUACUACCAGCCGCUCCUCGAGCUGGCUCAUCAAGCUGCACGUCUCCCCAGCAUCGUGCACAGGCGCUUCCACAGCGGCCGCGAGGUCCAGCUCUGCACCCUCAUGAACAUCAAGACGGGCGGCUGCACCGAGGACUGCUCCUACUGCGCCCAGGCCACGCGCUACCAAAAGGGCACCGGUCUCGAGGCGAAGCGUGUCGAGACGGUCGAAGCCGUGCUCGCCGCCGCUCGUGCGGCCAAGGACAAGGGAAGCACGCGCUUCUGCAUGGGUGCCGCCUGGCGGGACAUGCGCGGCCGCAAGUCGUCGCUGCGGAACAUUGCCGACAUGAUCAGGGGCGUGCGUGCCAUGGGCAUGGAGGUCUGCGUCACCCUCGGCAUGAUCGACUCGCGCCAAGCCCGCGAGCUCAAGGACGCCGGCCUGACGGCCUACAACCACAACGUCGACACGAGCCGCGAGUUCUACCCCUCCGUCAUCACCACGCGCACCUACGACGAGCGCCUCGAGACGCUGAGCCACGUGCGUCGCGCCGGCAUCAGCGUCUGCUCCGGUGGCAUCCUCGGCCUCGGCGAGUCGUCCGAGGACCGCGUCGGCCUGCUCCAUACCCUCUCGACCCUGCCGACCCACCCGGAGAGCUUCCCCGUCAACGCCCUCGUGCCCAUCAAGGGGACGCCGCUCGGCGACGCCCUGCCCGUCGCCUUCACGAGCGUGCUGCGCACCGUCGCGACGGGCCGCAUUCUCAUGCCCGAGACCAUCAUCCGCAUCGCCGCCGGCCGCAAGGCCAUGUCCGAGGAGAAGCAGGCGCUGUGCUUCAUGGCCGGUGCCAACGCCAUAUUCACGGGCGACAAGAUGCUGACGACCGACUGCAACGGCUGGGACGAGGACGGCGCCAUGCUUGGCCGCUGGGGGCUGGAGCCCAUGAGGAGCUUUGACAAGACGGCCGCGGCGGGGGCCGACGACGGAGCAUGUCGGCAACGACGCCACGAGGAAUGA